AUGCCUGAAGCAGUACGCAGGAAGAAGCUGGCGGAGUUCCGUCGACAGCUAUAUGAAAACAGCUUGGACAGAAAAGGACGAGUGCGUCCCAGUGAAGCGUCGGAUUUUCCGACAUCAGUCCAGGAGGAGUGCCAUCAUGAGUGGCCUGACCUCAGGUGGGGUGCAAAUGGAUCAGCUCACUGGGCGACGUGCCGGAAGUGUCACCUCAAGAGGGUGUUAUACUAUUCCAACGAGCACGGAGCACUGGUGGCAAACGAAGCACCUCCAGAGGUGUGGAUGUUGGAAGGAGGAUCAAUGAAUGUCAUCUUGGACACCGGAUGUCGCACGGCAGUGGCCGGAGCAGCCUGGCACCGAAGGUUCCAAGCAGAACUGCAAGAGCUUGGUUUGCCAUGGGAGAAGGUGACCCAUGAGGAAGUUUUCCGGUUCGGUGCUGGGGAUCCCGUAGUUUCAACAGAAGCAGUAAUCUACCCCAUCACCUUGGGUGCGACUGGAAUCCAAAGCUGGCUGCGCCUAGCUGUGGUGGGCAACACGCCACAGGAUUCCCGAGUGGAUUUGUGCCCAGCUCUGGUCGGACCAAGUGAGCUGGCACGUUGGAAUGCCACCUUCAACUUCGGCGAUAAAACGAUGAGUAUCGCAGACCGGCGACUGCCGAUGGUGCUGUCCAACACACGACAUCCAAUCCUUCCAGUGUUGGAGCCAGGUCAUAGCAUCAAGGAGUGGCAAACGCCUGCCCUGAUGGAGCUGAAGCAACGGCUGAUAGCCGAUCCAUACAGCCUGGCACUGAUGCAGCAGCACCUGGAGGAGGCUGCGGAAGAACAUGACGGGGAGGCUCCCCGGGAGAUUGAUCCGGUCCCGCUGGACCUGGAAGAAGGCUUGGAGGCCAUUGCUUUGGCCGAUUGGCAGAGUGAGUUGGAGACUCAGGCCAUCCAUCAGUUGGAUGAGGUACUUUGCCGGCUGCCGCCGAAUGCACUGGUAUCCAGCCUAUCGCGAGAAGAGCAAAGCACCGACAGCGAAGGAUCCAUUAGCGAAGGUGAGAGUGAAACUUCUCACGAUCCAGGGUUUGACCUGGAGGACAGCGAUGGAUCUUCCACCUCUUGCCAAGACGAUGAAGUCGCAGAGCGACAUAUGGUGCUGACCACCGACAUGAACGAAGAGAGCGAGGUGCUGAACAAAGGGCAGCGCCGCAGACUUUUGGAUGCAGUCCACAAGAUUGCAGAAUCUGCAAAGGAGGUAGCCACCUUGAGAGGAUGGGAGACCUAUGAGCCCAUCACGUUGGAUGCCGGAUGGGAUGUUUCAAGUCCUCAAACGCAGGACGCCGCAAUGAAGUACCUCGAAGAGGUGGACCCUGACCUGAUCAUGAUCGCAUUUCCAUGUGGUCCCUGGUCCGUAAUGCAGAACAUCAAUCAGCGGACACCAGCACAGCGGCGAGCUCUUAGGUGGAAAAGGGCCAUCGCUCGAAGGACCGUCCUAGCCUUCACUCGGAGGGUUGCUCUCUGGCAGAGAGGACGUGGCAAGGCGGUCGUGCUGGAAAAUCCCGCUUUAGCCAAAUCGUGGGAUACAGAAGAAAUCUCGGAGGCUACCGAGGGGCUGGAUUUCGCCCGAUUUGACCAAUGCCGAUUUGGCCUACGGCAUCCCAUGAACAAGAUGCCGAUGAAGAAGCUGACUCAGGUCGCAGGCCACACGGAAGUGAUCCAAGAACUGAAGGAGGCACGCUGCCUAAGAGAUCACCAACACCACCCCAUAGAGGGUGGAUUCAAAGGGGCGGAUGGCAAGUGGCACAGCUUGAGUGAGCACGCGGGAGGCUACCCGGCUGAGCUCUGCCACUGCAUCCUCAAGGGAGCCGAGGCAUUUUGCCGUUCACAGGAGGCCCUUAUUGGGGGUGGAGAUGACUAUGAGUUUGAUGAUACUGCGGCAGAGCUGCAGGACGGUGACGAAGCCCUCAGAGAGGAGGAACAGCUUGCCGAGCAAGAGGAGUUUCAGGACGACCCAAACCUGAAAGACAAGGAUCUCGAGGAGGAAGAGAGGCAUCCAGUCUCCGCAGAAGUGAGGAAAGCGGUGGAAUUCACCCACCGCCAGCUUGGUCACCCAUCGAGAUCCACGCUCCUACGCAUGAUGCGGUUGAGUGGAGCGAGUAGUGAGGCCAUCCGCUAUGCAAAGCGAUGGCGGUGCGAUGUGUGUGCACAGAGGCAGCGACCUCGCCAUCCGAUGGCUUCGACUGCAACGACACGACCCUACGGGUUCAACCAUCACCUGCACAUCGACCUGAAGUUUGUCCACGAUGUGAGGGCAAAGAGAUAUGUUGUGCUGUCAAUGUUGGACCUGGGGACCAACAAGCACGACUGCGUGAUGGUCAAGACCCGGCGCAGUGAUUAUGUGGCUGGCAAAUUCAUCCGCCAUUGGUGCAUGAGGUACGGAGUACCAGCUCGCAUCACGCACGACCAAGGUGGUGAAUUCGAGCAAUCCUUCACAGCAGUGCUCGAGCAGUUUGCCAUCGACUCCGAUGUGACUGCAGCCCACGCUGGCUGGCAGCUGGGCGCAGGCGAGCGCCAUGGAGAAAUCCUCGGAGUAGCCAUGCAGGCUAUAGUGGAUGAGCACUCUGUGGAAGGAUACAGAGCUAUGAAGCUGGCCCUAGCAGCGGCAACGAUGGCGAAGAACGCCACCAUUACCCGUGACGGGUAUACACCCAACCAACGAGUCUUUGGGGUUGAGGUGAAGUGGCCGAGCCUCCUGGCUGAAGAGGUGGAGCCUUCAUUUGCAGAAGGAGUCAAUACAGACUCCGAAGUGGCUAGGGCGCAUCAAAUGCGCACCACGGCUCGUAUCGCGCUCAUCAGGAGUGACGUCCGCGAGAAAAUGAAGAGGGCGAUCCUGAGAAAACCGGCCACAUCCCAGGGGCCAUACGCUCCAGGAACGCGGAUCUACUUCUGGGUACCAGGGGUGAAGUCCCGGUACAGUUCCCGCGGAGGCACAUGGCGUGGUCCGGCGACCAUCCUGAUACAAGAGCGGGCGAAGCGAUACUUUGUAUCUUGGCGAGGUCGACUUCUCCUACUGGCAGAGGAGAAUCUCCGACUCGCGACGCGUGAGGAGUUAGCACUCACGGAGGAAAUCAAAGAUGAAGUCCUUGACCUUCAGGACAUGCUCCGAGAUCCGAUGAGGCAACAUAAGCGAAGAGCGCCGGCUGCGCCGGAAACUAUGGAAAGGAAGCGUGCCAAGCUCAUGAUGCGAGGCACGAAGUCGGUGCAGAAGCUUUUGCAGGAUGCUGGAGCUGGAAAGGAGUUCAGGAAGAGAAUAGCUCGGCAGCGACGCGGCCAGAAAAGGAAGGCAGUGAAGAUUUCAGAGCCGCCUGCACCGAAAACGGCAGAACCUUUACCGGCGGAGCCGGAGGAGAAGUCAGAAGGCUAUGACCCGAGCAUAGCAGAGGAUCCGGUAGAGGAAGGCCCUAGGCCGGAGGAGCCGGAGGCGCCGGACACAGUUGAAAGACCUGAGGAUUCGGAAGCUCCGAACGAAGGUGGGGCACCCGAGCUCCAGGAAGAGCCAGGUGAGGACGAUGAGGUGGCACCAGAAGAUGUUCCAAUCGAAGGGGACGAAAUCACUGAAGAGGAUGGUGAGGAUGGUGACCCCUCACGGUUAGAUCCCCUGCGGCUCAUCCAAGAGCGUGCCAGCAGGGAAUGGCAAGGUCUUCCGCCAGAGGCGAGACGUCAGAGGUUGAACGACGAUGUACCUCUGUCUUUAAAGAGGAAGAUCGCAGAGCGACGUGAUUUGGAUGACACUUUCGUCCCGGAGAAGCGCCAGAGGGUGAGUGACUCCCUGGUGGCUCAGGUGAUGAUGGGCGCUUCAGAAGAUGGACCGUCCAAUGAAUGGGUUAGCCGAUAUGAGCUUACGCUGCUGAGGCAGUUGACAGGGCUGCCAAUCUGUGCUGCGCGGUUGCACCGUGCUCCAAGAAAGAGGUUCAUGAAACCUCCAAAGAUGGUGUCACGGUCUCGGUUGACCAUCAUGAUCGGAAGAGACCCCGUGGAUGCCUUUGUGGUCUCCGAGAACCCUGAGGAAGUAGCGGCCAAUCCGAGACGCAGGUCAUCCAUCGAGUGGAAAGGAAUGACCAUGUUUGCCAAGGCUGCGCCUGAAGAUAAAAGGGCACGGAUGUACCCAACAUACAUCCAAGGUGCUCAAGGUCUUUAUGAGGCCAGUCUGACCUACGAGGAACGCAAGGCGUUCGAAGAGAUCUGGGUUGAGGACACCAGGAAUUGCUUGGUGGCAGAGAUCAUGGCUUUGAAGCUCAAGGCCAGUGGCAAAGAACUCAAUCCAAAGGCUUUCGAGAAGGAUGAAUGGGAAAAGUUCAAGGUCUCUGACCAGAGAGAAUGGGAACAGUGGAUCGGCAACGCUGUCAUGAGAAGAGUUCCCAAGGAAGAGGCGGCGUCCAUUCCAAAAUGGAAGGUGUUCAAGUCCCCACUCCGAAUGGUCCGAACGAACAAGAGUGGUGGAGUGCUGUUACCUCUGAUCGCAAAAUCGCGAUUAGUGGUGCCAGGUCAUUUAGACCCUGGCCUGGGUGCGUUUCGCACCGAUGCACCAACUGCGGCCUUGACGCCGACCCGCUUGGCAAAAGCGGUGGCAGCCGGAAGGGGCUGGCAAGGUUGGAGUUUUGACGUGACGACGGCUUUCUUGUCAGGAGAUAGCACCAGCCGUGAGAUCUACGUCAGAGCCCCGGAAGAAGGCCUGCCGGCCGCGAGAGGAGAGCCUCCGGUAGAACCGUUCGAGCUGCUCCAAAUUUUGAAGUCCGCCUAUGGACUGACUGAAGCCCCAAGGCUUUGGUAUUUGCGGGCUUCACGCACGAUCCAAAAGACCCCUCUCAAGGAGCUGGCUGCAGCCAAGGCAGUAUUUGUGGCCGCGGAGAAGGGAGUCUCGUGGGCGAUCUUGGUGCUCCACGUGGACGACGGCCUGCUGCUAGGGUCUGAUCAGGAUGUGCGAUUUCAACGGUUGAAGGAACAGAUCAAUGGACUGUUCCGAAUCAAAGAGUGGAAGACCGUUCCACUCACAUUUCUGGGAGUGAACCUGGAGAAACAGGGUGACACGUGGGUUGACGACAUGACGGCCUAUAUCAAGGCAAUCAAGAUCCCAGAGAUCCAAAAGAAGAAAGAUGACAUCCCACUGGAUGCUCAGGAGCUGACUGCCUUUCGGCAGCUCGUCAUGCGCCUUCGAUGGCCUGCACAGCUGGCUGCGCCCCAGCUAUUGUAUGAGGUGUCACUUUUGGCACAGAAAGUUUCUAAGGCGACGCGCAAGGACUUCAAGGACGCCUUGGCGUUGCAUGCCAAGUUCCUGACGGAAGUGGAUGAGGGUAGAGCUGCGCUCAAAUACCCAAGGAUGAAUGGCGUGCCAUAUCUGGUGACGUAUUUCGACGCGUCACUCGGCCGAGAGCCCGAAGGACGCUCUCAACUGGGAGCCAUUCAUUUCCUGACUGAUGAGGGAGUGAUUCACGGGCCGCGCCCAGCUGCCGUGGUGGAGUUCACAACCACCAAGUCCACCAGAGUUGUGAGAAGCUCAAUGGCAGCAGAAUCUUGCAGCCUAAGCGUGGCUGUGGACCGCCACAUGUAUGCAAGGCUGAUCCUCGACAUGAUGCUGAGAGGAACAUACGAGGUCAAGCCUACUUGGCGUACAGAUUGCCAAGUCCGUGGUGGUUUGGUCACAGACGCCAAAAGUCUGUAUGAUCAUAUGUCCACGACAGGACAGAUCCCUCAGGAGAGACAGACGAUGCUGGACCUCCUUGCUGCUAAGAGCCUGCUGGAGCAAGAAGCCUUUCGGCUCUUUUGGGUGCCCACACAUAGGCAGUAUGCCGAUGUCCUUACAAAGAAAAUGAAGGACCUACUGUGGAUGGAGUUCAUCCAAACGGGUACCAUCUCGCUGCGCGAGACCCCAGCAGAGAAGGCUCUGGAGGAGCAUCGUAAGCGCCUUCGACAAGGUCAACGGCAGCGCCGGAAGACCAAGUUCAAGGCUGCAGCUGCAGCCACUAAUUCGUGA